CCUAGGUAGGUAGGAUGUCCCCUCUACUACAUUUUCACCGGAUACUAUCCGAAUUCGAUGAACGACGGAUUAAGUCCCCUCGAAUAAUCAGGCAUUAAUUUUGGCUCAUUGGAAGACUCUCGAUGCUGGGAACAGUUACGAUUUACUUAUUCAACACGGCAGUUUCUCAUUGACAUCCGACCUCACUAGAUCACAACGGUGCAGGCCUCUGCACUGUAUCAGUGCAGUGCGCCUCUAUACCAAAGGCCUUUGCUUCAUGGUGCAUCUAGAUAUCACGCGCGCAACAUAUUGUCCAUCAAGAAUCAAGGACAAUGGCUCUACGUCUUGGGACCACUCUGUAUGGGAGCAAGUACUCAUUUCGUCUGGUUGGAAAACUUGGUGAUAAGACUGUUUUCAGCUCUGUAUUCAAGGCAGAGGUCUUACCUGGCGUUCAAACUCUUCUUCCAAAAAGUCGAUGGGCGGUUGUGAAAAGUGCUGAUCCUGAAAAUCAGACUCAGGUGGACUGCCUCCUCAAGGAGUACAAGUACUACAAAAAGCCUUCUAUGGAAAGGUCAAGCAACUUUCGAAAUUUGUGUGACAUUAUCAACAACCCUACAUGUUGGACGGCCCAGAAUCCCUUCUGUUUAGCCUUUGAAUGGAUGGACACGACUCUGGGAGAGGUUCCUCUCGCGGAAUAUAUGAACGAUCCCGUAUUAGUCGCGAAUAUUGUCAAGGUAUGCUUGCAAGCAUUUGUCGAGUUAGAAAAAGAGCACCUUGUUUACUCAGACUUGAAACCUGCGAGUAUUCUUAUAUCUAUGUUUGGCGGGUUGUAUAAAGUCAAAAUCGGAGACUUGGGGCUAGGUACGAAAUAAACAUUACAAUAUUGGGUGACUCUAAUUUUCUGUAGCGGGGCCAGAGGGCAGCAAUCAGGGCUGGGUUCAGCCAGAAGCAUUUCGUGCUCCUGAGGUCUGGACAAGGGUGAACUGUCUUUGUAAAGCCGAUGUUUGGUCUCUCGCUGCGAUGGUUAGUUGCCAGCCUCUUAUUCUUACCCAAGCUAAAGAAUGAAGUUAUUACAACGAUUUGAUAGCA